AUGGGACAAUCGGUGGAUAUCGAUGAAAAUACAGUGCAAAAUAUCGAAGCCUUUGUCCGUAGUUUGUAUGCAAUAUCAGCGAAAGGUCCAGCAACAGUUGAUGAAGCCCGUUAUGUAAUGUUUUGUCAAAAAUCAAAGAGUAACAUGUCACUUCCUCCAACGUCCGACAGUCUUCUGCAGCAUAUCAAAAGAGCAAAUUACCAAACCUACGUGUGGAGAAAAGCUUUAGUUCCAACACAACGAUUGCCAUCGCCUGAAGGUUACGGCUGGAAGUUUGAAGAUAACACGUUAUUCCCUCACCUUAUGACAAAGCCACCAGCGCCAGCAUGCAUCUUAGAGCUUACCAAUUGCAAGUGCUCUAAGUCUUCAUGCACGCAGAAUUGCUCUUGCAGCAACAAUGGUCUGGCCUGCACUGAGGCGUGUAAGUGUAUGGCUGAUGAGAAAUGCCGUAAUCCCAACAAGAUGCAUUGUUACAACUCAGAAAAUGAAGACUCGGAAGAUUCAGACAGUUAUGAGUGUGCCGAUUAA